CGAAAGUGUUGUUAUAGUAGUUCACAGCUCUUCGUGAAUUGAUUGACCACCGAAAUCGAUGAAGUCCCCAUUCACCAGCCAUCUCUAAGCAUCUCUUCAUUCCCUCUAGAAGGUUAAUCUCUCAAUUCGGAGUUUCUAGAGUUUGAUUUUACAAACAAAAUCAGGUUAAUCUCUCAAUUCAGAGUUUCUAGGGUUUGAUUUUACAAACAGCAGACAAAUAUGGCAAGACAUCCUAUUGGUGGUAGCAGCAGCCGAUUCAGGUCUGGAAGUACUAGGUCUGCUAGUACUGGAUCGCCUACUACUACUCCUAACUUUAAUAAAGUGAACUGGCCAAGGGGGUUGCUCAAUUCACAAGGCUCUCCAUCAACUGAUGGUGCACACACAGCUGGACAUCCAAGUGUAGGGAGUCAACGUGUGUCUUCCUCAGAUGGUGACAAUUCUCCAAGCCAAGGUACUGGGAAUCAAGCAGAGGGACGUGGAUGGCACGACGCUUUUCAUCAGGAAGAUAAUGAUCCUGGUGAUACCGAGGAAAGCAUGGUAAAUGAUGAUCAACUUCCAUAAAUUCCAUUCAAUUCCUUGGGACAACCAAUAUAAGAUAUUUCAAAGAAAUAUGCUUCCAGAAUUGGAGUAAUAACUAGGAAUGUUGUCUCACCACAUUAUGAGGAUUGGAGGAUAGUCCCAUCGGAUUAUAAGGAUGAAAUUUGGAGGAGCCUUAAGAAUGAGUACAAGGUACCUGAAGUCAUCAAGGGCAAGGUUUUAAGAUGGAAAAUAAAUCAUGGAAGAACAGAAAGACUAAACUUAGAAGGUGGUGUGAUAAGUUUGAUACUGUUGCUGCAAAAAAGAACAAUAGACCAACAAGUGUUAGGAGAGAGGAUUGGGAACGCUUUGUUGAUUUGUGUAUUACAGAUAAGGAUAAGAAACUAAGGGAAAUAGGGAAGGAGUCAAGAAAGCUACUGAAAGAUCUACAUACUACCGGAAGGGAUGGAAUUGCUCGUCGUCGUCAUGUGAUGGAGCAGCAAAGUCCAACAGGAACUGUAUCAAGAUCUGUCGUAUACUUGGCAACACAUGUUUACCAAGAAAUUCCUCAAGAACAUCUUGAUUUAAUGGACCCUAAUUGCUAUGAAAUAAAAUGCAGAGAAUAUGUUGCAAAGAUUAGAGAGUUGAAUGAACUAGAGCAGUAUAGAGAAGAAACCAAUUUGGACAAAGAUGCAGUUGCCACGGUGCUUGGAAAAGAUGGUAGAGGCUUUGUACGAGGAAUGGGAGGUGGGAUAUCAAAGACUGAACUGCUUGCUUCUGCGGUUCCAAGGGAGCAGUUACGUCAACAAGUGCUGAAGACUAGAGUUGUGGAAGAUCGUGUAUUUACUCUUGAGGUUACCGUUGAGACACUAAUGGCUAGUUUAAGCUGCAAUCCAAGCACCAGCAAUGCUAAUGCUCAGGGAAUGAAUGGUGGUGGUUGUCAAGCUAGAAGUCAGGGAGAAAUUUUGAGAAAUAUGAGAAAGAGAUGAUUAUGAUCGCACGUGAGACUCCGUGGUCAAAGAGAUCGAUCUUUUUCUGUCUCCCAUAUUGGAAGUUUAUGCAAAUCCGGCACAAUGUGGAUGUCAUGCAUGUAGAAAAUAAUUUUGCAGAGAAUUUGUUCGGAACUUUUAUGAGCCAUAAGGAUAAGAACAAGGAUGGGCAACUGGCGCGCAAAUAUUUAAAACUUCUAAACUUAAAGCCUUUCUUGUGGUUGACGGAAGAGAAUGGAAAAGUAGAGAUGCCUCAUGCACCUUAUUCUUUGUCUAAGGCAGAAAGGGAAGUCAUCUGUAAAACUCUUAGCACACUUAAAGUUCCAAUUGGUUACAAUACGAAUUGGAAAAAAUAAAGUAUGCUUGAAAGAAUUCCAAUUGAAGGGUUUGAAGUCUCAAGAUUAUCACAUUCUGA